UAGCUGUAGUAUCGGUCACCUUCCGUGAGCAUGGCUCUUCGAUUCUCUUUCUUUAUUUUCUCUCUUCUUUUUGUCUCCGCUGUUGUCGAGGAGACGGUGACUUCAACGGGCGACGAGGAUCCGUUGAUCAGGCAGGUGGUGGAUGGCCAGGAUGAAUCGUCCUCGAGCCCUCAUAUGCUUAGCGAGGAGCAUCACUUCUCGCUCUUCAAGAGGAACUUCAAGAAAGCCUAUGCUUCUCAGCAGGAGCAUGACUACCGAUUUAAGGUGUUUAAGUCUAAUCUGAGACGCGCUGCGCGUCACCAGAAGUUGGACCCAACGGCCACCCACGGUGUCACUCAGUUUUCCGAUUUAACUCCAGCUGAGUUUAGGAGACAGUUUUUGGGGUUGAGGCGGCUGAGAAUGCCUAAGGAUGCUACUCACGCCCCGAUUUUGCCUACAAAUGACUUGCCUGAAGAUUUUGACUGGAGAGAGAAAGGAGCCGUUUCUCCCGUAAAAAAUCAGGGUUCGUGUGGAUCAUGCUGGAGUUUCAGCACCACCGGGGCCUUGGAAGGCGCUCAUUUCCUCGCUACCGGAGAACUUGUUAGCCUUAGCGAACAGCAGCUUGUAGAUUGUGACCACGAGUGCGAUCCAGAAGAGGCAGGUUCAUGCGACUCUGGUUGCAAUGGUGGGCUCAUGAAUAAUGCCUUUGAGUAUACUCUUAAAGCUGGUGGUCUAAUGCGUGAAGAAGACUAUCCAUACACUGGUACUGAUCGUGGUGCUUGCAAAUUUGACAAGACCAAAGUUGCAGCCAGAGUGGCCAACUUCAGCGUUGUGUCCCUUGAUGAUGAUCAAAUUGCUGCAAAUCUUGUGAAGAAUGGUCCUCUUGCUGUGGCUAUCAAUGCCUUCUUCAUGCAGACCUACAUUGGGGGGGUCUCAUGUCCUUACAUCUGCUUGAAUAGGCUGGAUCAUGGAGUGUUGUUGGUAGGGUACGGUUCAGCUGGGUAUGCACCCAUCCGGUUUAAGGAGAAGCCAUAUUGGAUUAUCAAAAACUCAUGGGGUGAAACCUGGGGAGAGAAUGGAUACUACAAAAUCUGCAAGGGUCGCAAUAUUUGUGGGGUAGACUCCAUGGUAUCAACUGUUGCAGCAGCUGUUUAAACUCCAUCACUGUAUACAAGGCAUGUUAUAUUAUUUUUCAGCAUAUGAUUCGAACUCUUUUGUCAUAUUCAUCCAAAGCAUCAAUUGCUUUAGGAUGUUAGAACGGCUGGAUUGUCGAGUGGAAAUUUUUAGAAAUUUCUUUAUGCUUUAGUUUGUCAGUACAUAUCAACAUUAUGGAGAUGUGAUUUUUAUAUAUAAAUCCACAUAAAACGAUAUUAACAUGAA